UGUUUCUUCUCCGGUUGCUACUACUAGUAGCUUCUGCUCCGCUAUUAUAGGCGUAAUUCAUGUUUAGUUCCUCCCUAGGCGCUCCCCCUACUACUGUGUAUAUUCCUGACGACGCCCCUUGCUGGUCACUCACACACGCAAUGGAGGAAGGGUCGCCGGCUGCCUGGGUUGGCUCCUCUCCCUGACGUAAAAGGUCCCUUGAAUCUAGCAUCUACCCGGCUGCCUGAACAGGGAAGUGCGCCUUCCUUCCUGCGCAGGCGCAGUGUGAGGGUUAUGGUUCCUUUAUAUAUGAGAUUGCACAACUCUUGUGUCACGACUUACUAGUGCUUUCAUACUGGGUCUGUCUGUGUCCUGUCUCUGCCUGAGUGGUUUUUUCCACUCACAAACGAAACGCAACAAUGAACUUUUUCCUGGAGACACUGAAAGUCUUGCUUCAUACAAUCUAUUUGAUGUUUGAGUCCAUCAUUUUAUGGUUUAUCCCAUUGCGACGGAAGAAUGUUGCCGGUGAAUUGGUGCUCAUUACUGGUGCAGGUAGUGGCAUAGGAAGACUAAUGACGAUGGAAUUUGCUCGACUUGGAGCUACACUUGUUUUAUGGGACAUCAAUGAAGAGGGGAUCAAGGAAACGAGCAGACUAGCUAAAGAAAAUGGUGCUGUCCGGGUGCACACUUACAAAUGUGACUGCAGCAAAAGGGAGGAGGUGUAUAAAGUUGCUGACCAGGUUAAAAAAGAAGUUGGCGAUAUUACCAUCCUAAUUAACAAUGCUGGUAUUGUUACUGGAAAAAAAUUCAUAGACUCACCUGAUGCCCUUGUGGAAAAGACCAUGCAAGUGAACACUAUGGCACAUUUCUGGACCUAUAAAGCUUUCCUUCCUGCUAUGAUGGCUUCCAAUCACGGGCAUCUUGUGAGCAUUGCGAGUUCUGCUGGGCUUAUUGGAGUAAAUGGACUUGCAGAUUAUUGUGCUAGUAAGUUUGCAGCUAUCGGCUUUGCUGAAUCGGUGGGCCUUGAAAUGUUGUCUCUGGGGAAAACAGGAGUUAAGACCACAAUUGUUUGUCCAUAUUUCAUAAACACUGGAAUGUUCGAUGGAUGUUCAACAAAAUGGCCUCGAUUAAUGCCAAUUUUAGAGCCAGAAUAUGCGAGUAAGAAAAUAGUGGAUGCGAUCUUAAAAGAACAAGUGUAUCUAGUAAUGCCUCGCAGUCUGUACAUAAUUUUUGCUUUCAAAAACAUUAUAUCUGCAAAACUAGGAGUUGUUCUUGGGGAUUACUUUGGAGCUUUCCAUUUCAUGGACCGUUUCAAAGGCCGUGUCAAAAAGGACUAACUCCAAGAUGUACAGUGAUCGGAAAUUAAAAUGACCGGGGAAUGUACAACCUACUUCCGUAAUAAGUACAUAAAUACACAUCUCAAAUACUAGGGGUCCUAAAAUAAGUCACAACAUUUUCAGUGAAGAGUGCUUUAUAGAGCGAUUUGUUUGCCAGGUACAGGUGCAAUAAAAACAUUAAAAAUGAGUAGAAAAAGAAGCAAUGUAUAAUAUCAAAACAACAGAAUGUGCUGUCUUAAUUGUUAAAAAAAUAAGUGUAUAAAGGUGUUUUUAACUAUGCCUACAUAUUUUUCUACUAAUUGCUGUAAAAAAUAUACCCAGGUUGAGGUAAUCAUCACCCACAUACUUUAUAUGUUUAAACUAGUAUAAAAUGUGUGAUUUUUGUGAAACUUUCUGCGUUAUGUAUCUAAAAUUGUGUACAUGGCUGUGCAGACUGGAACAGUAUGGGAUGAAAAAUAUGGUAACAAAUUGUGAAGCUUCUCUAUUUUACUGCUAGAUUGUGAACAGAGGUGUACACAUCAUAGGCAAACAUCUGCUUCCAAAGUGGAGGAGGACGAGGCAGUAAAGCACAUGGGCCAGCUAAGUGGUUCUGAGCAUAUUUGCAGAUAUUAUGGGACAAAAACCAGUGAUUAUAUUUGUUUGCAUUGUCUAUAAGCGCUGUUUAGUUAUAGUAAUAUCCUGCAAAGCUCCAAUGAGCCUUUGCGCUUAUUUGAAUUGCCUCAACCGUUUACAGUUAGCUCAAUCUUCAUACUUCUUAAAAACAUUCCAGAAUAAUACAUUUUACUUGUAUGAUAUUGACUUCAUCCAAAAAGACUACAGAGUCUACCAGAUCUGCCAGAAAGCAGACAUUUAGCAUACACAAUUUCAAAUACGUAAACCUGUAAUAUCACAAAGAUGUGUUUUUUCAACAGCAAGUGUUGUACUUUGUUAGCACUAAACUUAUUAAAAUUGUCUAUUCUAUCUUCUAUAA